CCCCAAAUUUCACAACUGAAAAGUGAAAAACUUGUGUUGCUCUGUCUCGGUCGAGAUCUCUCACUGUUUCUUCCGGAGUAGGAUUCUCUUCCCUACAAAUCUACUGGCUCGACCUUCUUUUCCAUCCAUAUUUAUUUUAAUUUACAAAUUAGCAAAAUUACAAACAAAACCGAGCUGUUUGGUUUACCAAAAAUCGAAGCCAUUCCUCCCUCCCUCGCACGCUGACCUAUAUAAAAUCCCAAAUUCCCAUUUUAUUUUUUUUGUUAAUUUAAAAAAUUAUUAAUUCGUCAAGUUUCAGCUCCAAAGGUCCAAGCUUUCCUCUUCUUCUGCUUCCUCAGCCUCUGAACCCAGGGUUGGUCGGUUGUUAAAAUGAGCCGACCAAGUACGCGCAGUAAAAAUAAACGAAACAGACAAGGAGAUAAUGUUGACAACACUUCAGAAAUAUUGAGGAAAAUACAUGCAACGGGUGAAAUUACAAAUGAGGAUAUAUAUACGCUAUAUAAAAUUUCAAAGCCGGUUUGUCAAGGCUGCCGUGUGAAUUCUAAAGAUAACCCAAACUGCUUUUGUGGGCUAAUACCACCUCCGAAUGGAAGUAGGAAAUCAGGCCUAUGGCAGAAGACAUCAGAGAUUCUGCAAACUCUGGGCCCAGAUCCUUCUCAGGACCUUCGUCCUUCUGCCGAUUCUCCUGCAGGCCUCACAAAUCUGGGUGCAACAUGCUAUGCUAAUAGCAUACUCCAAUGUUUGUACAUGAACAAGUCCUUCCGUGAAGGUAUCUUCUUGGUUGAACCUGAGGUUUUGGAACAGCAGCCAGUGUUGAAUCAGCUUUCUCGGCUUUUUGCUCAGUUGCAUGCCAGUAAAUUGGCUUUUAUAGACUCAUCUCCAUUUGUAAAAACACUGGAGUUAGAUAAUGGAGUUCAACAGGACAGUCAUGAGUUUCUGACCUUACUUCUUUCUUUGCUUGAACGUUGUCUGAGCAACUCUAAAGUUUCAAAGGCAAAAUCUAUUGUUCAAGAUCUUUUCCGUGGAAGUGUAUCACAUGUUACUAGGUGUUCACAAUGUGGAAAAGACUCUGAAGCUUCUUCAAACAUGGAAGACUUCUAUGAGCUGGAGUUGAAUGUGAAGGGUUUGAAAAGUUUGGGUGAGAGUUUAGAUGAUUACCUUAGUGUUGAAGAGCUCCAUGGAGAGAAUCAAUAUUUUUGUGAGUCUUGUAAAUCAAGAGUCGAUGCUACUCGAAGCAUCAAGUUGCGCACAUUGCCUGAGGUUCUGAACUUUCAGCUUAAGCGAUAUGUUUUCCUUCCAAAGACAACAACCAAGAAGAAAAUUACUUCUGCAUUUAGUUUUCCUGGAGUACUUGAUAUGAGGAAGAGGCUAUCUGACCCUUCUCAGGGUGAAUCAGUAUAUGACUUGUCAGCUGUGCUGAUUCACAAGGGAACUGCAGUUAACAGUGGCCAUUAUGUAGCGCAUGUCAAGGAUGAGAAGACAGGGCAAUGGUGGGAAUUUGACGAUGAGCAGGUCUCAAACUUGGGUUCUCAUCCGUUUGGAGAAGGGACUUCAAAUUCCAAUACCAAGCCUGUUAAACCUGAACCUGUUGAUCCAUCUUGCAUGGAACAAAAGAAUACUAUUUCAAAUGGUGACAAUGUGGAUGUCAUUCACCAACAACCUUCAGAAUCUAUUACCAGUCAUGUAGAGACAUUUUCAUGUGCUGAUGCAUAUAUGCUGAUGUAUAGUCUCAAUCGUUCCCGGAAGGGUGAAGAGAAAGUGCACGUGGAAUGUAAUGCCAACAAUAGGAAGAUACAAGGUGAUACUGUUUGUAGUUCUCUUCCAUCUCAUCUUUGUGAUGAGAUUGAAAGCUUUAAUGCAUCAUAUCUUGAUGCUUGUGAGCAAUACAAAUUUAAGAAAGAAGAAGAGAUGAAUAAUAUCACAGAACGAAGACAGGAAGUGCGCUCGAUUUUGUCGGAAGCUCCUGUUCAACAACUUGAGGAAACCUUUUUUUGGAUAUCAACAGACUGGCUUCGUCAGUGGGCUGAUAACAUGAUUUCACCUGCACUUGACAACACAUCCAUCCAAUGUUCGCAUGGAAAAGUUCCAGUUUCAAAGGUUGGCCACAUGAAAAGGUUGUCAGUUAAAGCAUGGACCAAACUGUUCUCUAAGUAUAAAGGGGGGCCAGAACUGGCCAAUGAUGACUACUGCAUGGUUUGCCUUAUUGAUGGUGCUCGAAAUGUAGUCUGUGCUGACAGUUAUAGGGAUAGAAGAAUAAUAAUGAAGCAAGUUGCGGAGGAUGCACUUGCAGCGAAGUGUUCAGGAGGAAUAUAUUAUGUUUCUAAAGCAUGGUUACAACAGUGGCUUAAAAGAAAAAUUCUUGAUGCUCCAGCUGAAGCCGAUGCUGGACCAACAGCUUCAAUUAGGUGUCCUCAUGGGCAACUUAUGCCUGAACACGCCACUGGUGCUAAGAGAUUGCUUGUUCCUGAGAAUCUCUGGCUCUUCCUUUAUGAAGAUGCUUUAACAGUGAAGCCUGAUGAUCAUUUGGGUUGUUUUCCAUUUCCUUCUGACUCUGCACAGUGUUCCCAAUGCAGUGAUGAACUAUCUGAAGUUGCAUGUAUGGAGGAUUCUUUAAGAUUGGUGAGGCUCAAACAGCGCCAGACUCAUGAGAAACUACUUACGGGAAAAAGUGUGCCACUUUCGCUGCAUUGCAAGUAUUACUUGAUACCCAAUUCGUGGCUUUCAAAGUGGAAAAACUACAUUACUGCAAAUGGAAAGAAUAUUUCCUCAGUGGAGAAACCUGAAACAUUAGAGGGCAUCAUGGAUUUGCUAAAGUGCGAAAAGCAUUCACAACUUCUAGAAAGGCCUGUUGAUCUGGUCCAGAAACGUGGUCUGAUUUCCCAGAAGUCUCCUGUGGAUGGGUUAAUACUCAUUACUGAGAAUGACUGGAAGUCCUUCUGUGAGGAAUGGGGUGGUAUUGAAGAGAAAGGAAUAUCUGCUGAAAUAGAGUUAAGUAGUACUGAAGAAAAUAAUUUGGCAGGGUCUUGCGAAGAGAUGCCAAUGGGCGAGGAGGACCUCAGUACUCCAAAUCACGUAAAUGGUGAAGUUGAGUCUCGACGACUUGUGAUUAAGACUUGUCCUGAGAUAUGUGAGGACUGCAUUGGAGAAAGAGAAAGCAGGGAAUUAAUGCGGAAGCUUGAUUAUUGCAACGAGGACAUAUAUGUAUACUUUGUACAUGGCAAGGAAGCUCCAAAGUCGAUUCUAAAACCAUCUGAUACAAAUUUCGAUCCAGAUCGCCGAGUUUCCAAGCGCUCUCGGAGGACAAAAACUGGGGAUCAAAUAAGCUUAAAAGUCUCUGGUUCCACAACCAUAUACCAGUUGAAAAUGAUGAUAUGGGAAUCUUUUGGGAUUGUUAAGGAAAACCAGGGACUUCACAAAGGUACUCGGAUAAUUGAGGACGAAUCUGCUACUCUUGCGGACAUGAAUAUCUUCCCUGGUGAUAGACUUUGGGUGAAUGAUUCAGAAAUCCAUGAGAACCGAGAUAUUGCUGAUGAGCUAUCUGACCAGAAAAUGGAUGCGCAACACACUGAAGAGGGGUUUCGCGGGACGCUGUUGACAACAAAUGUUUCGUCCCAAGUUGUUUAGAGGCAUGCCUUUUGCUGGUUAAUAUUUGAAUGUAGUACCCAUGUUUUUGUAGAUAUUGAUAUAUGGGAGGUGACUUGAAGUUUUCUCGGCGUUUUGAUGACCUGCAUUGUUGAGCAGCAGUUGUCCAGUGCAUGUAUAAUUCAGGUCACCCAUCCCUUGCCUGUGGAGACAGAUUACAGUACGCUGCCAUUGCUCGCUGACACAUGAGAAAAGGAAAUGUGAUAUGCGCUGUUUCCUGGUCGGAAUGUUUUGGGCUAACCACUGCGGUGGUAAUUUUCUGUUGAUAUAGAUGUUACCGCGACUUUUAUGUGUCGAACAAUGCUGAUUACAAUGGUGUAUAUUGUCGAAUGUGCAUGUCUUUUUCGGGUGUGUGGGGUGACGUUUUAUCUCAUAGCUAAUAGCUUCCGCCGGUGGUCACUGUACAAGUAAGUUUUAUAAAGUAUAUUAUUUUAAGA